AUGCCUGGAGAAAUCAUAGAUAGACCAAAUCCUCAAGCUUUGGAUUCCAAUAUACCUGGUUCGGCAACGGUCAAUGAUUUAGCAGUCAAAUUGGAAAAGUUACAAAUCCCCGAUGAUGAUUUAAGAGGACUUGAGGAUUUUCGUAGAGCUAGCAAUUAUAUUGCUGCUGCUAUGAUUUUCCUUUCCGAUAAUGCUUAUCUGGAAAGAGAUCUCACAUUUGAUGAUAUUAAACCAAGACUUUUGGGUCAUUGGGGAACAUGUCCUGGUCUUACUUUGGUUUAUGCUCAUCUCAACUAUCUUACGAAAAAGAAUGAUCUUGACAUGAUAUAUGUUGUUGGACCUGGUCAUGGAGCUCCAGCAAUUCUUUCUUCCCUCUGGUUAGAAGGUACCUUGGCAAAAUUCUAUCCCAAAUAUUCCAACAACAAGCAAGGUCUUCACAACCUCAUUACUGGUUUCAGUACACCAUCUGGCUUUCCUUCUCACAUCAGUGCCGAAGUUCCAGGUUCGAUCCAUGAAGGUGGAGAACUUGGAUAUGCUCUCUCGGUAGCUUUUGGUGCUGUGAUGGAUAACCCAGAUUUGGUAGUUGCGUGUGUGGUUGGUGAUGGUGAGGCCGAAUCGGGUCCAACAGCUACCGCAUGGCAUGCAGCUAAAUACAUUGAUCCUGCGGAAUCUGGUGCGGUUAUUCCAAUUGUUCAUGUGAAUGGCUUCAAGAUUUCUGAGAGAACGAUAUACGGUUGUAUGGAUGAUAAGGAAUUGGCAUCUUUAUUUACUGGUUAUGGAUAUCAAUGUCGAUUUGUUGAGGACUUGGAAGAUAUCGAUCGUGAUAUGGCAACAAGUAUGCAAUGGGCUAUUGAUGAAAUUCGUAAGAUUCAAAAAGCUGCCAGAUCUGGAAAGCCAAUUAUGAAACCAAGAUGGCCAGUAAUCAUCAUGAGAACUCCUAAAGGAUGGAGUGGUCCAAAGAUUGUUGAUGGAGAAUAUGUUGAAGGGUCAUUCCAUGCCCAUCAAGUUCCUCUCAUGGCUGUUAAAUCAAAUAAAGAUCAACUUGCUGAUCUUCAAAAAUGGCUUUUAUCAUACGGACCAGCGAAAUUAUUUACGGAAUCUGGUGAUGUCGUCGACUCUGUCAAGGCAAUCAUCCCACCCGAACAUAAAAAACUCGGUCAGAGACCAGAAACAUACAAAAACCAUGAAGUAUUAAAAGUACCAGAUUGGAAAAAGUAUGGUGUUGAAAAAGGAACAGAAGUUUCUUGUAUGAAAGCCAUUGGUGAUCUUAUUGAUCAAACUUUGGUUGAUAAUCCAAAAUCCCUUCGACUUUUCUCUCCAGAUGAACUCGUCAGUAAUAAACUUGACGCAGUAUUUAAGCAUACAGGACGAGAUUUUCAAUGGGAUGAAUUUUCACAUGCUCAAGGCGGAAGGGUUAUUGAAAUUCUUAGUGAACAUACAUGUCAAGGUUUUCUUCAAGGAUAUACUCUCACCGGACGUACUGGAAUCUUCCCGUCUUAUGAAUCUUUCCUUGGUAUAAUUCAUACCAUGAUGGUUCAAUAUAGUAAAUUCAACAAAAUGGCUCGAGAAACUCGUUUCAGAGCCGACCUCUCAUCUCUCAAUUAUAUCGAAACCAGUACAUGGACUCGUCAAGAACAUAAUGGAUUCUCGCAUCAAAACCCCUCAUUCAUCGGUGCAGUCCUAAAUCUCAAACCCACAGCUGCAAGAGUUUACUUACCACCCGAUGCAAAUACUUUCCUCUCAACAAUCGCCCACUGCCUCAAAUCAACCAACUACAUCAACCUAAUGGUGGGAUCCAAACAACCUCAACCCGUCUUCCUCAGUCCCGAAGAAGCAAACAAACAUUGUCAAGCCGGCGCUUCGAUUUGGAGAUUCUGCAGCACGGACGAUGGACUGGACCCCGAUGUUGUCCUCGUAGGCAUCGGUUCCGAACUCAUGUUUGAAGUCGUGGUGGCCGCCGCCUUGCUCCGUAAGAAGUAUCCGGAGUUGAGAAUCAGAGUGGUCAAUGUCACGGAUCUGAUGAUUCUGGAAGCGGAAACCUUGCACCCGCAUAGCUUGACCCGCGAGGAAUUUAAUAGUUUGUUUACUGAGGAUAAACCUAUUCAUUUCAAUUAUCAUGGGUACAGUAAUGAGAUUAAGGGAUUACUUUUUGGGAGACCAAAUUUGGAGAGAAUGAGUAUCGCAUGUUAUAAGGAGGAGGGAUCGACGACUACGCCGUUUGAUAUGAUGUUGAGGAAUGAGGUUAGUAGGUAUCAUGUUAUGGAAGCGGCAAUUAAGGGUGGAGCAAAGGGGAAUAAAAAGGUGGCGUUGGAGAUGACGGGGUGGUUGGGUGAGAUUAGAGGGAGUAGGAGUAGAGUUGGAGAAUAUAUUUUGAGAGAGGGGAGGGAUCCGGAGGGGACUUUUGAUGUGCCGAGGUUUGAGGGGACGGUGUUUGGGAAGGAUGUUGGGGUGGAAACGAAGGAUGGAGGGAAGGAGGAUGGGUUUUUUGUUAAUUAA